AUGUCCUUCUUUAAGGGACUCAGGAGAGUCGGACAAAGUACCACUCAAUUGAAAGUGAAACAGGCUACUGAUUCGAAUGAAAGUUACGGCGCUACGGGCACUUUGAUGAAUGAAUUGAGUGUUUUGACAUAUAGUGAAAAAAGUGCAAAUGAAAUUUAUGAGGUUAUAAGGAAAAGAUUGAUGAACGGAAGUUCUCGUUUGAAAAAUAGUCAUGACUCCGUUGUACAAGUUUUGAAGACUCUUACAUUAAUAGAAUACUUAUUGUACAAUGGAUCGGAAGAGUUUGUCUUAUGGAUGAGACGUCAUCUGGCAUAUAUUGAGGCAUUGAAAGACUACCAUUGCAGUAACGACAAAGAUAAAUCGAAGGUGAAACAAAUAAAAUCACUUAGUGAGGAUAUCUCUAAGAACUUAAAAGAAGACGACUUUUUGGAGAAACGAAGAUUAGACAUAAUCAUGUUCAGAUCCAGUAUCUCUACUCCAGGCAGAAAAUCAACUGAUAACAGCCACCUUAAUAACAGACAACCGGCGUCUGUUCCAUUGGACGAAGAUAUUUUACCCGAGUUUAAGUCAGUUUUGCAGACAAGAUCACUUGAUCUACAACGAAGGAAGUCAACAAAGUACAGUACUGAUAGGGUACGAUAUCUAGCGACGUUGGCAGAAGAGGAUGAUGGACCGUAG